AUGUUCCCUCGAGUUCCAUCCGCGGGAGUUUGGUGUCCGGCGGUGACUUUUUUUGACCCAGCAACCGAUGAACUUGAUCUACCUGCGCAAAAGGAGUAUUAUGCCUACCUUGCACGCUCUGGACUCACCGGGCUGGUCAUUCUGGGUACAAAUGCAGAGGCCUUCCUACUCACACGCGAAGAGCGGGCACAACUCAUCAGUACGGCCCGGGCAGCUGUAGGCCCAGACUACCCUCUGAUGGCUGGGGUCGGCGGCCACUCUACCCACCAGGUGCUGCAGUUCAUCCAGGAUGCGGUCAUAGCAGGGGCAAACUACGUCCUUGUGCUCCCACCAGCAUACUUCGGCAAGGCAACUACACCAAAAGUGAUCAGGGCGUUCUUCGGAGAGGUCGCCGAGAGUUCCCCGCUGCCAGUGGUUAUUUAUAACUUCCCUGGGGUGUGCAAUGGAGUUGACCUCGAUUCAGAGAUGAUUACAGCAAUCGCACGAGACAAUUCGAAUGUUGUUGGGGUGAAGCUUACCUGUGCCAGCGUUGGGAAAAUCACCCGGUUGGCGGCAGUGCUAGCUGCAGACACGUUCUCCAUAUUCGGUGGACAGGCAGACUUCUUAAUCGGGGGGCUGAGUGUGGGUUCGGCAGGAUGCAUUGCAGCGUUCGCGAACGUCUUUCCCAAGACUAUAUCGAAGGUGUAUGAGCUGUAUAAAGCAGGCAGGGUCGAAGAAGCAUUGAAGCUGCAUCAGAAGGCGGCGUUAGCCGAAUCCCUGUGCAAGUCUGGGAUUGCCACGACCAAAUAUGCGGCAGCAGUCUUCAGUGCAAAGGCAGCUGGGAUCGAAAAUGCUGAAGAAAGGAUGAGACCACGUCGGCCAUACGAACCGCCGACCGACGCGGCAAAGGAGAAUGUGAAGAAAGUGAUGGCCGAGGUAGCGCUGAUCGAGCAGAGUCUCUAG